AAAGAUGCUCAUUGGCACCUUGACAGCCAUUUCACAGGCUGGCUCGCCCUAUAAGCAACCCAGUAGAGCACCAGCAGCCACCGAGAGCCUGUAAACUCCUGCGAGCAGAAGGGCCCUCCCCGCCCCCUCUCCCGCGCAGCUUGCUCUGCCCUCUGCCUCCUCCUCUCCGCCCACUCUCGCCGCGGUCUCCUGGCGGCGGCGGCUUUGUCUCGUGGGCUGGUCCCCAGCGGCUUCCUCCCCUGAACAGCUGCUGCCCGAGGGAGGAAGCGGCGCGGGAGCUGUCCGGCAUCCCGGUGCUGAAAACCCCGAGGGCUCGUUUUCCACCACUACCUUUAAGGGCCAUGAAAAGGGCUCGCCCUGGCGCAGCGCGGCCAUGGAGGAGGACUUAUUCCAGCUAAGGCAGCUGCCGGUGGUGAAAUUCCGUCGCACAGGCGAGAGUGCAAGGUCAGAGGACGACACGGCUUCAGGAGAGCAUGAGGUCCAGAUUGAAGGGGUCCGCGUGGGCCUAGAGGCCGUUGAACUGGACGAUGGGGCAGCUGUGCCCAAGGAGUUUGCUAAUCCCACUGACGAUACUUUCAUGGUGGAAGAUGCGGUGGAAGCCAUUGGGUUUGGAAAAUUUCAGUGGAAGCUGUCUGUUCUCACUGGCUUGGCUUGGAUGGCCGAUGCCAUGGAGAUGAUGAUCCUGAGCAUCCUGGCACCACAGCUGCACUGUGAGUGGCGACUCCCCAGCUGGCAGGUUGCAUUGCUGACCUCGGUGGUCUUUGUAGGAAUGAUGUCCAGCUCUACGCUCUGGGGAAACAUCUCAGACCAGUAUGGCAGGAAAACAGGGCUGAAGAUCAGCGUGCUCUGGACUCUGUACUACGGCAUCCUUAGUGCUUUUGCGCCUGUGUAUAGCUGGAUCUUGGUGCUCCGGGGCCUGGUGGGCUUUGGAAUUGGAGGAGUCCCCCAGUCGGUGACGCUGUAUGCUGAGUUCCUUCCCAUGAAAGCCAGAGCUAAAUGCAUCUUGCUGAUUGAGGUCUUCUGGGCCAUUGGGACAGUGUUUGAGGUCAUCCUGGCUGUGUUCGUGAUGCCCAGCCUGGGCUGGCGCUGGCUGCUCAUCCUCUCGGCUGUCCCACUCCUCCUCUUUGCUGUGCUGUGUUUCUGGCUGCCAGAGAGUGCAAGGUACGAUGUGCUGUCUGGGAACCAGGAAAAGGCAAUCGCUACCUUAAAGAGAAUAGCCACAGAAAAUGGAGCUCCCAUGCCACUGGGGAAACUCAUCAUCUCCAGACAGGAAGACCGAGGCAAAAUGAGGGACCUUUUCACACCCCACUUUAGAUGGACAACUCUGUUGCUGUGGUUUAUAUGGUUUUCCAAUGCGUUUUCUUACUACGGGUUAGUUCUACUCACUACAGAACUGUUCCAGGCAGGAGACGUCUGCAGCAUCUCCAAUCGGAAGAAGGCGGUAGAGGCAAAAUGCAGCCUGGCCUGUGAGUACCUGAGUGAGGAGGAUUACAUGGACUUGCUGUGGACCACUCUCUCUGAGUUCCCAGGUGUCCUGGUGACUCUGUGGAUCAUUGACCGCCUAGGCCGCAAGAAGACGAUGGCCCUGUGCUUCGCCAUCUUUUCCUUCUGCAGCCUCCUGCUGUUCAUCUGUGUUGGAAGAAAUGUGCUUACUCUGUUACUCUUCGUGGCAAGAGCAUUUAUUUCUGGAGGUUUUCAAGCAGCCUAUGUUUACACACCUGAGGUCUACCCCACGGCGACGCGGGCGCUGGGCCUGGGCACCUGCAGUGGCAUGGCAAGGGUCGGUGCUCUCAUCACGCCAUUCAUUGCCCAGGUGAUGCUGGAAUCCUCCGUGUACCUGACUCUGGCAGUUUACAGUGGCUGUUGCCUCUUGGCUGCCCUGGCCUCCUGCUUUUUGCCCAUUGAGACCAAAGGCCGAGGACUACAGGAGUCCAGCCACCGGGAGUGGGGCCAGGAGAUGGUCGGCCGAGGGGCGCAUGGCGCAGGUGUCACCAGGUCGAACUCUGGCUCUCAGGAAUAGUGACUGAUGAGGGGCUAAAUUGGUCUUUGAGGCUGUAGAGCUCGAGGGAGCUGGCAGAGCCCAGCUGGGGCACUGAUCGUCACUGCCGACAUCAAGAACUUACCCAAGAGUACGACCUGGACUGACAGGGUUUUGUGUCUUGACUCUGUUCAUAUUCAUUGAGGUCCACCGGGGGUGGGGAGGCGUUGGCUCUAGGGCGUUCUCUGCACAUGUGGGGGAAGGUUUGUUGAUAACCUGAGGAUCUGCAUGGGAACAUCGUCAUGUUAGGAGGGUCCAGUGAUGCCAGCAGCCAACCAGAUGCUACCCAGAGUCACCCGGUUACACCCUCCAUAAGCAACAAUCAAAAGUUCCCUGUAGAUACAGUCCAGGCCUGAGCGACACCUGCCAUCCACCGAGCAGACCUAUUUGGUAGGUUUCUCCCACACCCUGGCCCCAGGCUUUCUUCUCUGAGAUCGCAGGUGACCUAGAUAUGGCUGAGCAGCUUUUUCUGGGGUCAGAAAGAUGCUCCCUUGGCAGGGGCCCCUGCAGUUGCCUCCCCAGGGCCUGAGGAGUGGUGACUCUGGAUGUGCAUUCCAGAACUUGAGCCUCCACCUGGUCCCCGCUGGAGUUGUUGUGUCUGGCUCCAAGGGAUCCAGAUGUGUCCCUAGGGACAGCUGAGCUUGUAUCACAUGACAGCCUUAGAAAGCUGUUGCCUCCUAGGGGUAGGGACUGAGGCAAAGGGAGGUAAGAGUCAAGGCCAAAACCAGGAAAGCAGUGAAGGCCAGGUUGAGUUUCUUUUCUGGCCCCCUCCUUGGUCAGGCUGAAUGG